AAGGAGAAGGAGAAGGAGAAGGAGAAGGAGAAGGAGAAGGAGAAGGAGAAGGAGAAGGAGAAGGAGAAGGAGAAGGAGAAGGAGAAGGAGAAGGAGAAGAAGAAGGAGAAGGAGAAGGAGAAGGAGAAGAAGAAGGAGAAGGAGAAGGAGAAGGAGAAGGAGAAGGAGAAGGAGAAGGAGAAGGAGAAGGAGAAGGAGAAGGAGAAGGAGAAGGAGAAGGAGAAGGAGAAGGAGAAGGAGAAGGAGAAGGAGAAGGAGAAGGAGAAGGAGAAGGAGAAGGAGAAGGAGAAGGAGAAGGAGAAGGAGAAGGAGAAGGAGAAGGAGAAGGAGAAGGAGAAGGAGAAGGAGAAGGAGAAGGAGAAGGAGAAGGAGAAGGAGAAGGAGAAGGAGAAGGAGAAGGAGAAGGAGAAGGAGAAGGAGAAGGAGAAGGAGAAG